GUUUUAUGAAUGAUUGAGAAUUUGAUCCUACAAUUCUUCCAUCUUAGAUUUAUUUACAGUUGAAUGAUUUUUCUCAAAUAACAUAUUGUAUCGUCUAUUGGAAUUUGAGAGAAAAUUCCAAGGACAACAAGGAUCGCCCAUUUGGAAAUGAGGAUUAGAUUCAGAAUCAGCAUCCAAGCAGUUGCCAUUUGAGCCUCUUUCCGAGUUUGUUUUUGCUUCCAAGCUCGAAAUCGAAACAACGACAAUGGUGCACAGUGCCUAUGAUUCCUUUGAGCUCCUCAGAGGCUGCCCCAUGAAAAUUGAUGCCAUCGAAUCCUGCGGCUCAAAGCUCCUUGUUGGCUGCUCCGAUGGGGCCCUUCGAAUAUACGUACCGCAACCCUCCGCUGACCGAUCUUCUCAGUCAGAUUACCAUGGCCAAGCUCACGAGCUGCGAAGGGAAACUUAUGCACUGGAGAGAACUGUUACUGGGUUUUCAAAGAAGCCUCUCUUAUCAAUGGAGGUAUUGGCAUCGAGAGAGCUACUCUUGUCGCUUUCUGAAUCAAUUGCCUUUCAUAGAUUACCCAAUUUGGAGACUUUAGCAGUGAUCACCAAGGCAAAAGGCGCCAAUGUGUAUUCAUGGGAUGACAGAAGAGGAUUUUUGUGCUUCGCUAGGCAAAAGCGAGUCAGCAUCUUCAGGCACGAUGGGGGACGGGGAUUUGUGGAGGUGAAGGAAUUUGGUGUUCCAGAUACUGUAAAGUCCAUGUCUUGGUGUGGUGAAAAUAUUUGUUUAGGGAUUAGAAAGGAAUACGUGAUACUGAAUGCUUCUAAUGGUGCAUUGACUGAAGUAUUUCCUUCUGGUAGAAUGGCCCCUCCUCUAGUGGUCUCUCUGCCUUCUGGGGAGCUUCUUCUCGGAAAGGAAAACAUUGGGGUCUUUGUGGACCAAAAUGGCAAGCUUCUUCAAGCAGAGAGGAUUUGUUGGUCGGAGGCCCCUUCUAUUGUUGUCAUUCAGAAACCUUAUGCAGUAGCUCUGCUUCCAAGACGUGUUGAGAUUCGGUCUCUCCGAGUUCCAUAUCCAUUGAUUCAGACCAUUGUUCUUCAAAAUGUCCGGCGUCUAAUUCAAAGCAAUAAUGCAGUAAUUGUUGCGUUAGACCAUUCUGUAUAUGGGCUUUUCCCUGUUCCUCUUGGUGCACAGAUUGUACAGUUAACAGCAUCUGGGAAUUUUGAGGAAGCCUUGGCCUUAUGCAAGCUGCUUCCACCAGAAGAUUCAAGCCUUCGAGCUGCAAAGGAGGGGUCAAUUCAUAUAAGAUAUGCCCAUUAUCUUUUUGAGAAUGGAAGCUAUGAGGAAGCUAUGGAACACUUUUUAGCAGCCCAAGUGGAUAUCACCUAUGUCCUUUCUAUGUAUCCAUCUAUUGUUCUUCCUAAGACAUCUAUGCUUCCCGAACCAGAAAAGCCGAUGGACGCGUCUUCAGAGGCUCCAUAUCUCUCAAGAGGUUUGUCUGGAAUGUCAGAUGAUAUGGAUUCCUCCCCUCUGCCGCAGUUAACUGAAUUUGAUGAGCAUGCAGCGCUUGAAUCUAAGAAAAUGAGCCAUAAUACUCUCAUGGCUCUCAUUAAGUUCUUGCAGAAAAAGAGAUAUAGUAUAAUUGAAAAGGCCACUGCUGAGGGAACAGAAGAAGUUGUUUUUGAUGCUGUUGGAGGGAAUUUUGGAACAUAUGAGACUAGUAGGUUUAAGAAAUCCAACAAGGCUCGUGGUACAGUUUCUAUUAACUCAGGUGCCAGGGAAAUGGCAGCACUACUUGACACAGCACUGCUCCAAGCUCUUCUUCUCACUGGACAAUCUUCAGCAGCUUUAGAAUUACUUAAAGGUCUUAACUACUGUGACAUAAAGAUAUGUGAGGAGAUCCUUCAAAAACAGAAUCAUUAUACUGCUUUGUUGGAACUUUAUAAGUGCAACUCCAUGCACAGAGAAGCUCUUAACCUCUUGCAUCAAUUGGUUGAAGAGUCAAAAUCGAGCCAAGCACAACCUGACCUUGCCUCAAAGUUCAAGCCUGAAUCAAUUAUUGAAUAUCUUAAGCCUCUCUGUGGAACAGAACCCAUGCUUGUCCUGGAGUUCUCAAUGCUUGUGCUUGAAAGCUGUCCAACACAAACUAUUGAACUCUUCUUGUCUGGAAAUAUUCCUGCAGACUUGGUCAACUCUUAUCUGAAGCAGCAUGCUCCGAGCAUGCAGGGCAGAUAUUUAGAACUUAUGCUCGCAAUGAAUGAAAAUGGUAUCUCUGGAAACCUGCAGAAUGAAAUGGUACAAAUUUAUCUCUCUGAAGUACUUGAAUGGCACACUGAACUGAGUGCACAGCAGAAAUGGGAUGAGAAGGUUUAUUCCCCAACAAGGAAAAAAUUAUUGUCUGCUUUGGAGAGUAUCUCAGGGUAUAACCCAGACGCUUUGCUGAAACGGCUACCAGCAGAUGCAUUAUAUGAAGAACGUGCAAUUUUAUUGGGGAAAAUGAACCAACAUGAGCUUGCCUUAUCUCUUUAUGUUCAUAAGCUUCUUGUUCCUGAACUUGCGCUAUCGUAUUGUGAUCGGGUUUAUGAGUCUGCAUCUCAUCAACCAUCUGCAAAAUCUUCUGGCAAUAUAUACCUUACUCUUCUGCAAAUUUAUCUGAAUCCGCGAAAGACAAUUAAUAACUUUGAGAAACGAAUUACCAAUAUAGUAUCGUCUCAGAAUACAAGUAUUCCAAAGGUUGGUUCUGGUUCUUCAGUUAAAGCAAAGGGAGGUCGUGGGGCUAAGAAAAUUGCAGCAAUAGAGGGUGCAGAGGACAUGCGUUUCAGUCUUAGUAGCACUGACAGUAGUAGAAGUGAUGGUGAUGCAGAUGACUUUACUGAGGAAGGAGGUUCAACGAUCAUGCUUGAUGAGGUCCUUGACCUUUUGAGCAGAAGGUGGGACAGAAUCAAUGGAGCUCAGGCACUUAAACUUUUACCAAAGGAAACGAAAUUGCAGAAUUUGCUUCCUUUCCUUGGACCGCUUAUGAGAAAAUCCAGCGAAGCAUACCGGAAUCUCUCGGUUAUCAAGAGUUUGAGGCAGAGUGAGAACUUACAGGUACCUUAAUUACCAGAAUAAUUUGAAAUGGAGACACUAGAAUUGCCUGGACCAGAAAAGCAUAUAGAUGUAUAAAUCAAGCUGAUUGAAGAUGAGCUGAAUUUUGCUUUAUUCGAGCUCAGCAUGCUGUAUUGAUGUCAGCUUGAACUCUGCAAAAUAUUGAACAAGCUUUAGAGUCUAGCCUACCUUGUUUGAACUUGGGUUGGUUGGGUUUAUUCAGAUGAAGCUUGAGCUUGGCUUGAUAAGGGGAAAAAACUCUUCAUAGAACUUUACAAGAUUAAGUAAAUCAACAUCAAACAACCUUAAAAGACUAGCCUGUUUAUGGAGAAAAUGAAGCUGUGCUCAUCUAUUUUUAUGUUCAUUAAUUUACUAAAUGAACUUAAUAUUUGUGUUUGAACAUGUUUAUUCUUAUUAGUAAACAAAUGCAGAUGAGUUUUUAUCAAGCCUGUUAAUAUCUGUUUGCUGAGCAUGUUGGUUAAUAUGCAGCCUGGAUACUAAGCAUAAUUUAGCCCAAUUGCACUAAUUCUUAGAUUCUCAAUCCACAUUUUUCUGUCUAAGAUAUUUAUUACUUCAACCACAUCUAUGAUUGACAUUGUUGUAUAGUUGUGUGUGUGCUUCCAUGCGUUCCAUUACUUGCAAAGUCCCUUCUCUUAAGCUUUGCUUAAUGACUGUUCAAUACAAGAGCUGUAUUAUAUUCAAAUCAAAGCAAAAUGUACAGGAAACAAUCCAAUCUCAAGUCAUAUGGUAGUCUUUACAUUCAAAAGCUUGGUUGUGUAUUCUAAACGUUUUGCAUUUCCAUUGUCCAUGACACGUAUGCAUUUGCUUAUUUAACAAGAUUGUUGCUCGUACAAAUAAUUUUGUUUCAUGCAAGGCUGUCACUUGUAUCAUGUUUCUACUAUUGCAUACGUGCAACAUUCUAUAAUUUCUGCCUUCCUAAAAAUGAUUAUGCGAAACAGGUGAAAAAUGAACUCUACAACCAAAGGAAAACAGUAGUAAAGAUCACUAGUGACAGUAUGUGUUCCCUUUGCAA